UUAAACAGCUUGAAAUCUUCUUCGCAUUCUGAGUUCAGCAUGAUAGGAAACACACAGCAAAAGUUGAGGGAGCAUAUCUGCAGAGAUAAACAGAGAAGCAUCAGUAAAAUCACCAUUGUGGGUGUAGGACAAGUAGGAACAGCGUGUGCGUACAGUAUUAUGCAGCAGGUAAUGCCAUUAGACAGGUAAAUUUAAGGAUCACGUUUACGUCAAAAGGCAAACGCGAAUUUGUACCACGUGAUCAAGUUUCCUAUUUAUUUGUCGUUCACUGAUGUUCAUUAUUUCUACGCCUAAAUUAUAAAGUGGGAAACAAAACUGGCUAUAAGACAAAUGGAAAAAAGUAGGCGAGAAAGAAGGAUCGAAAUAGAUUCGCAAACCAAAAAAUAAAGUCCAAAUCUUCGUCCAACGUUCUGAAAAGAAUCACACAAACAAGAACGAAAGGCGCCCCAGCGUUUGAAAAUUAAUGUAAUGUUCUUCUUUUUGAUUUCUAGGAUAUAUGCCAAGAACUUGCUUUAAUUGGAAGACGCCAAGAGAUUCUUAAAGGAGAAAUGAUGGACUUACAGCACGGUUUGCCGUUUGUGGAGGAAACUUCCAUCCGUGCUAGUACUGGUAAAUCAGCCUGAUAGUCUGAAAAAGGGAAAAGCUCGAAAAUAGAGAAUUUUUAAACUCAUACUACUGGAAAACUUGUCCAAUAUAAACUCUUUUCAAACGUGUUAAAAAAAAACCCAGCGUUUCUCGUUUUAAAUUUAUCUAAAAAGACAAAGAGCAGUUGAAAAUUUCGUCUUGGGAAGAAAAACGUCCUAAAAUCAUAAUAAAAGAAAAAUUGAAGUCAGGAGCGAUUACUACAUUGGAACAAGAAUGGAACAGCUCGCAAUUUCCAGAUAAUCCUUUAAUUCUUAGCAUAAAAUAGUGAGGAGCUCAAAACAAUAAUCUAUAGGGAUUUCAAGUAAUCGAGCGAUUUUCGUAUGACCUUGAAAUGAAAACGCGCGAACAAAACAGAAACAACAAACUAACGGAAAUAGAGCGACUUGAUUGGUUUGUCGAACGGAUACAAAAGCGCGUGGCUUUUGGUUCGUUAAGCGAACGUUCAGGUGAAAAAACGUCAUGUCCGAAGAACUUUGUAGAAAUCAAUCUACACUUCGCUUUGACGUCAUACUGCAACACGAUUGGCAAAUCGAACAAUGCCUUCUCCAUAUUAAGGUUUUCUUUGGCGGGAAAACGAAGAGUCCAUGUUUUGAUCUUUCAUCUAUUGCCUGAUAAAACAAAUAACGAACACUUACAGAAAUCAUUUUUCAAGGUCAUACGAAAAUCGCUCCACUGUGUGUAUCAUAAAGAUUAUUUUGGUUCCAGUCGGCGCUGAAGAGUAAUGAGAGUUCUCCUUUAUUUUUGUAGACUAUGCUGUCAGUGCCAACUCAAACCUGUGCAUAGUGACAGCGGGCGAACGUAUGAGAGAGGGUGAGAGCAGAAGAGAUCUGCUGCUAAGAAACUUUGAGAUUUUCAAAGGUAGAUGCCUUCAUCAUGCAGUAAUUUAACAAUUAACUUAUAAUCUUUUACGAUGUCUUUUCAUAAUGUGAAGCAAACAAUCACUUCCAUUUUGUUAAGUCGAAGGUUUCUCUGCAGAAAAUUCCCGCGUGGUUGAGAAGGUUCAGAACUCAAUGCGUGAUGGUCAAAAACAGUCAAAUUCUUAACCCUAAUGAAGGAUGAACAUAAUCUGGUACCAGAUCUCCCACAGCCAGCGUCACUUUUUAGCGUAAGAAAGAAUGAGAUCUGGGUACUAGAUUAGGAUAAACAACGACUGUUCCUCUUUUCGUAUCUGUAAACAGUCAUUAUUAACAGACAUUCCCAGUGAAAAAAAAUGGAGAAUAAUAUUUAUCAACUAUCAAUCCUUUUUACGCCCGGUAUUAAAUUAUGUUACAGCGUAUUGCACAAGCGUGGAAACGUUCGGUCACACCGUAGGCCCGUAAUUGCACAUACACAUUGCGGACCUAUAACUGUAUUGCCGCACAGAUUGAAAGAUUACGUACGUGCUCGCCGCCAUGAUGAAAUGAAACUCUGUGUUUAGUUUGCCUAUUUAAAGUAUACAGCCGGUUGAAAGUAUACAAUAGGCAUGCGCAGAUUUAACAAAGACCACGAGACUUAACCAAGCGACGACAGCGAGAACGGCGCGCAGAUCUCCAUUCAUCGUGAUUUCAGCAGAUUAUUCUCUUCUAGCCUUGAAAUAAAGAGAUGGAAAUAUAGUAAAAAUUAUUUGGUGUUUGAAAUAAAUUUACAUCUAAUUUUAAAACGUUUAUAAUGGAUAAAGUCGUCUAUUUUACAGAUAUCAUUCCAAAGUUGGUAAAGCACAGUCCCAAUACCGUACUGCUGAUUGUUUCUAACCCAGGUAAGAAAAAAAAGCUAAAGAUCUACAAAGUGCUUACUGUGAUCAGGAAACCUUAAGCAGUUCUUAAGAAAACUAGAAAGCUCCAAACUUUUUUUGAAAAACUUGAGGAUAUCGUAAACACGAAAGUGGACAAAGGCUUGUUAAGCCAGUUUCCACCAAGAAGGCUACGUUUCCUAUGAUGCGAGUUUCGACCAGUUCAAAAUUCCUACGUUUAAGUGUUCGGUUCACACGGGAGUCACCUUAGCACUGGGAAGAUUUAAACGCCUAGCAGUUCUAAGUUCCCUGUAAAUAGAGUGAACGUAAUUGAAGGGUCCCGGGUGAACGAAGGGUCAGGUAAAUUUUUCAGCCGCUCCAAAGUUUAUUUGGUACCCGUGUGAAUGUAGCCUAAGAUUGCUUACGACGUGGCACUGAAUGUAUAGAGUGUUUUCACAUGACGUCACGGCGGCCAUGUUGGGAAUUUAACACUUUUCUCAUGUAAACGCUUUCUUUUGUUCCAAUAAAUUUGCAUAGACGCUGGCCACGUGAAAACCGCUCUAUAAGACACCCACGACUACUGCCACUGCCGCAUUCACUAGUAUAGCGAUAUCUGUUUUUUCGUUAUGUUUCAGUUGAGGUCUUGACGUACGUGGCGUGGAAAAUCAGCGGUCUUCCAGCUGAUCGUGUGAUAGGAAGUGGAACCAAUCUGGACACAGCUCGGCUUCAUUUUUUGAUCGGCGAAAAGCUAAACAUCCCACCAAACAGUGUGCAUGGCUGGAUCAUCGGAGAACAUGGCGACUCUAGUGGUACGUAAAGGAAGAAUCGCAAGUCACUCUCUCCUACCGUUUUUAACACGGUUAAGACAUCCUUCCCCCACCCCGCCGUUAACCACAACACCCACAGACUAGUCCCAGCACUACCUUUACCGUAAUCUUUCUUGAACUUGAGUGAACAUCAAAGAUCCACCGUAGGCUUCUUCUGCGUCAUAAUACGAGCAGUCUCUCAUUGCUCUCGGGGAGAAUAGAUCGCAGUAGAUAUGCGAACCAAAUACUAGAACGCCGUGGAAAUUGCCUCCAUAAAGAGAGUUAACUCGCGUAAUCGCAUUUAGGCUCUCUGACAGAAAAAAGAUCAGCUUGUCAACGUUUCUCGCGGGUGUCAAAUUUCACCCGCGCUCAUAUAUUUUUUUCUUUCCAAAAAAUGAAGGACUGCAUAUACACCAACUAAAUGUAAGAUCGCUCAAUCGCUCAAUCUGCAAAGCACCCUAGUUUGAGUGUUCCACCCAUGUUUUCGAUUUGUUUCGCAAAUGAAACGAAACAUCGAGUUUUUCACUCCUUCUUUUACCAUAAAUUUGCAUAAUUUUACUUUUUCACUCGCCCCCCGUGGCUCUGAGGAAAGAAAGGCGACCGCUCUUGUGUCCGUUUUCGAUUUACAAAAUCGCGAUUCAGGGUAAUUCCCUUAAAAAAUAAUUUCUUUGCUGCUGUUUUUAUACAGUGCCUAUUUGGAGUGGAGUGAAUAUUGACGGCGUGAUGCUCAAGGAUCUCAACCCACAGAUAGGCACAGAAUCGGACCGUGAAAACUGGAACGAGAUUCACAAGAAAGUUAUUAUGAGGUACAGUCGUAGAAUUCGUUCGCGUUCACGGACGCGCGCCUUAAUUUCCCUUCAAACGCCGUGAACCAUUGCCUUUCGUUAUAGUACAAAACAGAAGCAGAUAACCUAUAUGCUUCUGUACAAAACUAAUGAAUUGUAGCUUGCGUGGAUGCGCCUCCAUUGAGUUCUCGCCCGCCUUUAAUUAAGUCCCUCUUCAAACGAGGUUAGUUAUAAGUAAAGCAGACUAAACUCAGAGGGCCGAUUAUUAAAUCCAAGACAAACUUGGACCUUUAUUUAUUACUCUUUCCACAACAUUUCAGUUUUGUCUCAUGGCGCGAAAGGACACCUCAUUUUCAUGUGUUCACGUGAACAUUUGAAAAUAAACUCCAUAGUCCAUGUUCGAUUGUUAAAGCUGGCCUUUUUUCCUAUUUAGCGCAUAUGAAGUGAUUAAACUCAAGGGCUACACCUCCUGGGCAGUUGGUCUCAGUGUCGCUAACAUUAGCAAGGCGUUACUAGGAAAUAUGGCGAACGUCCAGGCCGUCUCCACCAUCGCAAAGGUAACUGACUUUCCAUGUUGACUUUCAAAACCUUCCUUUCUUUUUCUCAAAACAAAAGUUAGCACGCUUAUUUCUGUUGAAGGAGGUAAGACCCUCUCUAGAUCGCUAAAUGAUAAAAUUCCUAAGAUUUGACACCUUGGGUCAGCCACAACGAAAUUCUUGCUAAAACUCGUAGUAGACUGGCGACAGCUCCCACAUUUUCCCGCCAAAAUGACGUUAGUUGGCGCGCGUGCCCAGCUUUUUUCCAGCCUCGUUUUCUACACGAGACAAGUGUGCAUUGGAGCCUUACGUUUCUUAUCAAACUUUUACUGCUGCUUUUCCUUUUGAAGCGACGAAUCAUUCGAGAUUCGGGCAUUAACUUUUAAUUACAUCAGUACAUUUAUUUGUUAUAACAUUCCUUUACAAAAGCUGUCACCGUCAGCGUGGACAAUUCUUCCUUAAUGUCAAAGAUAUGUAAUUUGACUUAGUCCUCAUGUCUAUGAUGCGGCUCUGAAUUGCAGCCUCCAAGCUCUCUCUUUUUUGCCGUUCCAUGAUAGUAUCAAAAUAGCCUGAGAUCGUUCUCGUCCCAAGAGCCCGGCCGUCGUUUCGUUUGGUCACGUGGCCGAGAUUUAUGUAGUGGAUGUAUGUAAAGGCAUUGCUCAUUAACCAUCCUUUUUUUUUUUUUUUAGGGAUUUUACGGGAUCAAGGAAGAAGUUUUCUUGAGUUUGCCCUGCGUUCUUGGCACCCAUGGGGUCAAGUCCGUCGUGAGCCAGCAGCUAGAUGAAAACGAGGUUAACCAAAUUCAGGGAUGCGCGCGCAUCAUGCAAGAGCUGCAGCAAUCUUUGGUGUUUAAUUGA